CAGAUGAUACUUUACUAAGUUUACUCACAUAUCACUGUACGGUCUUCUCCCUUCAAUCUAAGGACGCGAACUCUUCUGUACUGCCACGACCACACUGAAUUAGCCGCAAAGGCUUAUCAAUGGGAAUUUCUGGAGCCGCCGUUCUCACGUGGUCUCCAACUUCUCUUUCUCCCUCCGUUUGGCUCCACGCUUCUCAACCCCCGAAGUUAGGAGAUUCAAGGUGUGGUGUAGCUCUGAUGAAACCCAGAAGGGACCAUCAUUAUGAGCACACAUGUUCUAAUGGCUCGGGAUGAUAUCCAAAGCCUAAUGGUGAAGUUGAUUAGCUUCUGUUUCUAGCAGGGCAUGCUUUUGUGGCCAUUCAAGUUAGGCUUUUCUUGAUCUUGUUUUGGCGAAUCUGACACUUUGUUAGGAUUAAAUCCAAAAAAGGAGAUCGGUGGGCUUGAAAGCUACAAUCUUAGUUGUAUAAUGUGCAUCAAUCUAUAAGAUUUCCGAAUUCCAAAAUUUGAAUAGGGAUGGUCUGCUAAUUUUCAUUGCAUAUAUCUCGUGGUUCAUAACCAUCAUUAAUGGGCUUGUUAGGACAGGUUGCCGUGGUUCUACUGAAUAAUUUUUUAGGUUCAUAAUGUUAGGCUUCGGAUAAUCUUGGUAUACUUCUGCUUCUUUCAAAUCGUUGACCACAGAGUGAUUUCAGGAAAACCAAAUGAUCAUAUCAGUAACUGGAGCAACAGGCUUUAUAGGUAAAAGGUUGGUGCAAAGGCUGCAUGCAGACAAUCAUAGAGUCCAUGUCUUGACACGCUUUAAAUCCAAGGCAGAACAAAUUUUUCCGGCAAAAGACUUUCCAGGAAUCAAGAUAGCAGACGAGUCGGAAUGGAAAGAGUGUAUUCAUGGCUCAACUGGCGUUGUGAAUUUGGCUGGCAUGCCCAUAAGUACGAGAUGGUCUUCCGAGGUUAAAAAGGAGAUCAAGGAGAGCAGAAUUAGAGUUACGUCAAAGGUUGUAGAAUGCAUAAACAGUGCACCUGAUGAUAUUCGGCCAAAAGUUUUAGUCAGUGCAACGGCUGUUGGUUACUAUGGCACCAGUGAGACCGAAGUGUUUGAUGAACAAAGUCCCUCGGGAAAGGAUUACUUAGCUGAGGUUUGUAGGGAAUGGGAAUCAACAGCUCUUAAAGUAAAUGGGGAUGUAAGAUUAGCUCUAAUUCGCAUUGGUGUUGUUCUUGGCAAAGAUGGUGGAGCACUAGCCAAAAUGGUCCCUCUUUUUAUGAUGUUUGCUGGUGGACCUCUGGGUUCCGGAAAACAGUGGUUCUCUUGGAUUCAUUUGGAUGACAUUGUCAAUUUAGUCUACGAAGCAUUAUCAAAUCCAUCUUAUAAAGGAGUUAUCAAUGGAACUGCACCAAAUCCAGUCAGAUUGGCAGAAUUGUGUGAACAACUGGGAAAUGUCGUUGGUCGCCCAUCAUGGUUGCCUGUACCUGAUUUUGCCCUCAAGGCUGUUCUUGGCGAAGGUGCUACCGUGGUUUUAGAUGGGCAAAAGGUGCUGCCUACAAAAGCUAAGGAGUUGGGUUUCCCUUUCAAAUAUCGUUAUGUGAAAGAUGCACUCAAGGCCAUUCUUUCAUAAACAUAGUUUUGACAUCAACAACUUCUAUAUUCUUUAUUCUUUGGAUUCAGGCCACCGGCAUUUCCAAAUAUCAGAGGCGUCACCAAGGAAAUUCCAGAAUUCAAGCAAGACGUGCGAUCACAACCACCAAGUGGAUUUUUCAUAUAGCAGAGCUAAAAUAUAGAAUUAGUAUAAUUAUGGUUAACUGUGCAAUGUAUAUAUCUGUGUGGGGCUACUUCAACUAUGUACCCUUCUGAUUACUUGUUACGGUGAUUCUGACACUCAACGGCAAGUUUUUAAAGAGCUCGAAUUUAAUCCUCAA